AUGAAUUUCAUUAUAUAUACUAAUAUAUCUUUUAACAUAAAGUUCCAUUCAAUGCAGAGAAUUCCAAACAGUUUUACAAAGAAACAUGGCAAUGAUACAUCAAAUCCAAUAUUUCUCAAGACUCCAGAUGGCAAAAAAUGGAAAAUAUAUUUGACAAAAAAAGAUGGUGAUAUUUGGUUUCACAAAGGUUGGAUGGAAUUUGCUAAACAUUAUUCACUUGAUCAUGGUCACAUGAUGUUCUUUCAAUGUGAAGAAAAAGAAACCUCUCAAUUUGAUGUUCACAUAUUUGACAAAAGUACCCUUGAAAUUGAAUAUAAUGUUCAUGGUACUCAACAUAACCUUGAACAAAAUAGUGACAACAACGUUGAAAUUUGGGAUAAGCCACCUAAUUCAUUCGAGAAGUCUAGACUAAAAUCACCAAUUCUACCAUGUUCUCAACCACAUAAGAAAUUGAAAACUGAAACAAGGGAAGGUGUUGGAACAAGCUCCAAUUUACAAACUUUGCCUAUGCCUCAUGUCCAAGCUAGUGAGGAUAUGGAUGGUGGCACUGAAUGCCUAAAAAUGGAGCACGAGCAAGAACAAUUAAUUUAUAAAAUGAAUGAAGCAUUAAAUAGAGCUAGAAGCUUCAAAUCUAAAAAUCCUUCUUUCAUUAUGGUCAUCAAACCUUCAUAUCUUUAUUACUAUUCCUUGUAUGUCCCAUCACAAUUUUCAAUAAAUUAUUUGAAGAAAAAGCAAAGUGAUAUUCUCCUUCAACUCUUGGAUGGGAGGACUUGGCAUGCUAGAUACUCUUAUGGAAAAAUUAAAGUUGGAUGGAGGAAAUUUGUAGAAGAUAAUAAGUUGGAAAAUGGGGAUGUGUGUCUUUUUGAGUUGACCAAAAGCCAAGCCCUUACUUUGAAAGUACUUAUCUUUCGAGAUGAAGAACAACCACAUUCUUCUCCACCCAAAGCAUGUAACCAUUACCUUCGUUAGAAAGUACUUGGAUAAAAAGGAGCAAAAUGUGAUGUUACAAUUUGAUAAAUAUUUUUUAGAAAUUGAAAUUAUAUUUAAGACUGUGGUAUGAUUAUAUGGGAAAUCUGUGCUUGACAGUUGGUGUGAAGAAUUUAUGGAGUAAAGUCAUUGAUCCUUACGAGUAUAAUUCCUUCAUCAAUAUGUGAAUGUACAAUUGGCUUGAUAGUAACAUAUUUUCAACAGUUUUGGUUAAGAAAAAGAAAAUUACAUUUUUUUGGGUGUGACCUGGUAUGAAUUUGGAACGCUAGGAAUGCUGUAGUAUUUUCUCACCAAGCUGUAUCUAUGGUUGUAAAUA